AUGGCAUUCCGCCGCCCCCAAGUGCUCCUUCUCUCACUCCUGAGCGGGGCUCUCGCUGGCUCAAUCAGCUUGGACAUCUUAGCCCCAGUCGACACUGGCCUCUCCAAUAUCCACCUCACUGUGACUACGCCCCAUCCAAACCCUCUCACGAUAACCUACAGCCCGUGCACCGACUCUGACUCCGUUUCUGCACACCACACCGUCGCAAGUAGCGUGCAUGCGCUCAAGUCCUCGAGACUUGUAUGGCGUCUGCCCGAGGACUCGCCUGAGGGCGGGUGCCUGAUUGCAUGGGAUGAGGCAAGCGGUGAUGAGGUAUGCCGGAGCGAGGUCGUGGAUCUGAGCCUACGGAGGAAGAGGAGAAGGAGAGACUUGGAGAGUAUCAAGAUGAAUAACGCAAGCGGGAUUGAUGCGAGCGGACCGUGGUUUGAUGGAGUGGCCUACCUAGAGGGGAAAAACGUUAGCCAGGUUGAUGUGGAGCUUGCCAAGGGAAAACGGAUCGGUAUUAUAGGUGGUGGGAUGGCCGGGUUGAUGAGCUCUCUCAUCCUCGAAUCCCAUGGCUUCCAUAAUUUCGAGAUCAUCGAGUCCUCCCAUCGUGUUGGCGGUCGUAUCCGUACGAUCUAUCUCGAAGGCGAACCUUCCGAUUACCAGUACCAAGAGAUGGGACCCAUGCGCUUUCCCGAAUCAAUCAAAUACCCCUCCACCAACGAAACCCUCCAAAUCAAGGACCACCAGAUUGUCUUCCAGCUCGUUGAAACCAUCAACAAGCUCAACGGUGCCACCCCCGGGGACGACCUUUCCGUCGACUUCAUCCCAUGGAUCCAGAGCUCGCUGAACGCGCCUUCAUACAACGGCGGCGUUAGGAAUGCGGACGGAAGUGUCCCUACUGUGGGCGAGAUUGCUGCCAUGAACACCACGACUGUCCUCCCUCCUGGGCUCGAACAGGUCGAUGACUCAAUCCGAGAAAUCUUUCUCUCGCCGGAAAGGCUCGCCCUAUUGUCAAACAAUAUGUACCGCGCGCACAAACAAUUCAUCAACGAGGGAUGGGAUAGUUGGUCCGAGUACGGAUUCAUCAGAAAUCUUUUGGGUGCCGAGCUGAAUAUUACUGAUUUGGCGCUUGACACACUUGACGGCGCGGGACAAGCUUCGUUUUGGGGGGCGUUAUUCGAGAGCUUCUAUUUUUCGGCAACGACCUGGAGGACUAUUGAUAAAGGACUUGAAAGGCUCCCACUCGCAUUCCGCCCUUUCCUCGGGGACAGAGUCAAGUUUCACCAGCGUAUCGAGAAGGCCGAGUAUCUGGCCGAAAGUAACAAGAUAAAGUUCUCGUGGCGGGAUAAUCUGACGGAGAAGGUGUUCCAGGAGGAGGAGUUCGAUUAUGCGUUCGUUGCGGUGCCGUUUACGCAGGUCCGCCGUUGGAGGCUUCCUAAGUUCUCGAGUGUAUUGUCGAGGGCCAUCGAUAAAUUGGAGUACAACAGUGCAUGCAAAGUAUCUCUCCAAUUCAGCACCCGCUUCUGGGAGCACCUAGAACAGCCCAUUCUUGGCGGCUGUACCUCCACCGACAUCCAUGGAAUUGGCACCAUCUGCUACCCCUCCUACCAGCUCAACCGUACCGGUCCCGGUGUGAUGCUCGCCAGUUAUACCUCCUCCGACUUUGCCUUCCGAGCCGGCGCCAUGUCCGAGGAGGACCAUGUGCAGUACGUUCUCAACGCUAUCGCCGAGAUCCAUGGGCCGAUCGUCGAGGAGCAGUAUACCGGGAAGUUUGAUCGCCAGUGUUGGUUACUGGAUGAGAAUGCUGCCGCUAGUUGGGCAGCGCCCGGCGUUGGACAACAUGAGUUGUACAUUCCGAGUUAUUUUGAGACCGAGAACAAUGUCAUAUUCAUUGGAGAACACACUGCCUAUACACAUGCCUGGAUUUCCUCUGCUUUAGAAUCUGCGGUAAGAGGAACUGUGCAAUUGAUGCUCGAGAUGGGAUUGGUUGAUGAAGCCAAGAACAUCACCUCCACUUGGAUGAGUAGAUGGAUGGUUGUUUAA